CAAUAGAGUAGAAGAACAGCCGAGCGCUUCCGGGCUGCGAGAUUGGGGGUGGGCAAGAUGGCGGCGGACAGCGGGAGCUGGCAGCUGGACGCGCUGCUGAGAUUUUUUUAUUCACUGUUCUUUCCUGGACUAAUUAUAUGUGGCGUUCUGUGUGUGUGUUUGGUCAUUGUCCUUUGGAUAAUCAGAAGACAUCUACAGAGAAAGAAAAAGUCAGUCUCAACCAGCAAAAAUGGAAAAGAGCAAAUGGUGGUUGCAUUUUUUCAUCCUUACUGUAAUGCGGGCGGUGGAGGAGAGAGAGUUCUCUGGUGCGCCUUGAAAGUCCUGCAGAAAAAGUAUCCUGACGCGGUUUAUGUUGUGUAUACUGGUGACAUUAAUGUCAGUGGUCAACAGAUACUAGAAGGUGCUGUCAGAAGAUUUAACAUCAAGUUAGCUCACCCAGUGCAGUUUGUUUUCUUAAGGAAACGCUACCUUGUGGAGGAUUCUCGGUAUCCCCACUUCACAUUGCUAGGCCAAAGCCUUGGAUCCGUUUUUCUUGGCUGGGAAGCACUGAUGAAGCGUGUUCCUGAUAUUUACAUCGAUUCAAUGGGAUAUGCAUUCACACUGCCUCUGUUUAAAUAUGUAGGGGGCUGCCAAGUUGGGAGCUAUGUCCACUACCCCACUAUCAGCACUGACAUGCUCUCUGUAGUGAAGAAUCAAAACACUGGAUUCAAUAAUGCAGCUUUCAUUAGCAGAAACGCCCUUCUCAGCAAAGCAAAGCUCAUCUACUACUAUUUGUUCGCCUAUAUUUAUGGUCUUGUCGGUUCUUGCAGUGAUAUAGUCAUGGUGAAUUCUUCUUGGACACUAAACCAUAUUCUCUCACUGUGGAAAGUCAGCCAUUGCACUAACAUUGUUUAUCCACCUUGUGACGUGCAGACAUUUCUGGACAUCCCCUUACAUGAGAAAAAGUUGACCCCGGGACAUUUGCUGGUUUCCAUUGGCCAGUUCAGGCCUGAAAAGAAUCACGCUUUACAGAUCAAAGCCUUUGCUAAGCUGUUACAUGAAAAGGUAGCCAAGUCACACCCUUCACUUAAACUUGUCCUUAUUGGAGGGUGUCGAAACAGAGAUGAUGAGCUUCGAGUAAGCCAGCUGAGAAAACUGUCUGAAAAUUUGGGAGUUCAAGAAAAUGUGGAAUUUAAAAUAAACAUUUCAUUUGAUGAACUAAAGAAUUACCUAUCUGAAGCAACAAUUGGGCUACAUACCAUGUGGAAUGAGCAUUUUGGGAUUGGAGUUGUGGAGUGUAUGGCUGCUGGAACAAUCAUCCUUGCACACAAUUCAGGAGGCCCAAAGCUUGACAUUGUCAUUCCUCAUGAAGGACAAAUAACUGGAUUUCUGGCUGAGAGCGAAGAAGGCUAUGCUGAAGCCAUGGCUCAUAUUCUCUCUCUGUCUGCAGAAAAGAGGCUUCAAAUCAGAAGGACUGCUCGAGCAUCUGUAAGCAGGUUUUCUGACCAGGAGUUUGAAGUGUCGUUCCUGUCUUCUGUGGAGAAGUUACUUACAUAAUGCCAAAUCUGUACACAUUGUAGAUAUGUUAUACAAAAUGGAACUAGGGGUGUGGAGCAGAGGUAGAGCCUGUGCAAGGUCCUACAUUCCAUCCCCAGCAUCAAAAAGUAAGAAGAAAUACUUCAUUUGGAAACACCUUCCCAUGUAAAUAUUUUCUAAAUGCAUUCUCUAUUGUAAUAAAGGCAACCUGAGCAAUAUUUUCAGCAAUGUGUAUAUAGAGAAGGUAGUGUUUAACAAAAUGACAAAAUUAGCUGUAUGGAAAAAUUAAGCUCAUGUAGCUUAAUAUGCAUUAGAAUUUGGUCACAAAAUCUGAACAGUACAAAUCUCAAAGAAAAAACUACCAAUCAAAUAUUUUUAUAUUCAUCUUUUAACUUUUUGAAAUUUCUUCCUUUCCUUAUUUUAAUCCUUGAAUAUUCCUGCCUCCACCUCCCAGAAUGCUAAGGUUGGAGGAAUGCAGUAACAUGUCCAGUAUAUGAUGAGCCUCACAGAGGCUAGACAAGCACUCUACCAACUGACUUGCAUCCUAAGCCCCAGAUCUUAUUUUUCGAAUCACUUUACUUUAGAAGAAAACUUACUGGGUAUUUGUUUUAUGAUGAUGCUGGAGAGAGAAUGUAGAACCUCAAAGUGUAAAGUCAGAGCAGGGACAUCUGAAUCCCUAGCACUACAGAGUGCACGGAGCCAACCUCAGCCAAAGACUUCCUUCUAAAGGGAAGGGAAGUUCUGAGAGAAACAGCAGGUAAUUGCUGGCACUUUGAAAUUUAUUCUUAUAUUUUGGGAAUAAAUUCUGUUAGAGAUUAAACACAGAGCCGUGCUCAUGGUACACAAGUGUUCAAACCUGUGAGUGCUUUACCCCAACCCCAAGUCCUAGCACACAGCAGCAUGGGUAACUCUUUUGAGUAUACCUAAUAAUUUUCUUAAAAGGAAAAAGCAGCUUCAAACAGGCAUCUCUAACCCUACUCCAAAGCAUCAGUCAAGAGAUGGAAUGACUGAUUUCUUCAUGGGUGUGUACAGAUAGGUUGAAGUCAAAACACAGACAACAAUCCUUCCCAUAACUAGGUUUGUGUGGAAGUUUGUUAGAGCCAACCACAGUUCUUUUCUGUGAGUUUCUCAUUUUUAACAGUCCUACCCACGUAAUACUAAAAGUCAGCCUCAAUUCAUUCAAGAGAAUAUCAAGCUAAGUUGCUUUUCUGAAACUAUGUCAUAUCAUGGUGCCCCCACAGUGUGAAGGAUCAUGAGAUGACAUUUUGGUCGUAGUUAGCAUUCUGGGCUGGACCUCGCUUCACCAUUUACGGAUGUCUGACCUGCUAACACUAAAGCUAUGCCUUAAUUUUUCUUUUAUUCUUGGAUACUUCAUCUGAAAUCAAGCUUUACCUUCAGAAUUAUGAUGCAAGAUAUGAAGUGUAUAAAGCUACUCUAAAGAUUAAGCAUUGCUUUAGCAAAAGUAGCAACCAAAAAUACAGUGACCUGAUUGGGAAAAUGAUGUAUGAAGUAUGUGCCGGCGUGGCUUUUAGCCCACUCUGUUAUUUUAUGGCUAGUCUUUGAGGUAAGAUUUGGCUAAAGCUCACUCAGCCUACCCAUUGACACAAAAUAAUAGGACUAAAGAUUAUAGAAAUUGGAAUGAAGAAAACAGGAUGUGAUGAAAGAAAGGAUUCUUGAUUUCCUAACACUGUUACACUAACUUAUCAAAAUUAUUUUCAUGAAUCCAAAGCAUAAAAUACGGUUUACAUGUAUAUUCUUUUCCAUGUUCCUAACAAGCUACUGCAGAUUUUUUUUUUAACUAGAUUUCAGGUACUGUGCAAAAUGUCAAGGCUCAUCUUCAACUGUUUCUAGGAAACUUUUGAGUGGCUAUUAAGUCCUCUACAGUUGUGAUUUUUCAGUGGUCCAAGCAUUCUCUCUCUUGAGUUCACAGCACUGGGGAUUCACAUUGCUACUUUACAGUGAGUAACAUCACAACUCUGAAGUAUAUGUUACAUAGUCUUUGUAUAAUAUAUUUAUAAAUAAUUGUGAUGUAGAGCUAUUGAUACAAAAUCUACUUGUAUCUAAAUCUGAUGGGUGAUUUCUAAUUCAAUUAAAAUAUUUAUAUUAUUUUUCCACUUCCUCUUUCCCUUCAGAUCUUUCUACCUCUGGAAUUCCUGGUCUCUUUUCCUUUAAUUAUUAUUGCUACAUGUGUAUGCAAAUAAAUGUGUAAAUGCAA